CCACACAAACUUCAGACAGCCUUGAAACAAGAGCUUCCUUUAAGCACAAAACAUGGUCAAGGAGGACAGCUCCAGAUCCACUGUGAUUAACAUCAACAGCAACAAUGUCCCAAAGGAUUAUAUUACCUGGUCCACAUUUAAUACAGUGUUCAUGAACAGCUGUUGCCUGGGUUUCAUUGCCUAUGUCUUCUCUGUGAAGUCCAGGGACAGGAAGAUGGUAGGUGAUGUGACUGGGGCCCAAGACUAUGCUACAACUGCCAAGCGACUGAACAUCAGUGCUGUGAUCGUCUCCGUCAUCUCCUUCAUCUUAAUUAUCAUUGUGCUCAGCCAACAAAAAUAGAGGAUAGGUACUCAGGAUGGACCUCCAAGAAGCAUGUGCUCUUCCUAUACAGGGUCAAUGGAUUAAUUUCUCUCAUACACUGUUUUCUUGGGAAAUGUGUUAUGUGUGCUCCACCAUUCCAGCUGUCCCUUAUCCUGGCUGGAGGCCCUGACCUGUGUCACUCUACUCUUCAUGUAAUUGUCAGCCUCAUGAAUCUGUUCACAUUGGAGUCAAUAAAGUGCACGUGGUGGCAAUUGUGCUCUGA